AUGGCGGCCAGUCAAGCACGAUAUCGAAAUGAUGGAGAGUCUAUUCCAUUUAUUGACGAUGCAUCUCAGCCCCUUGGAUCUUUCACUUACGAGCCACUGGACUCGGAUUCUGAUAGUGAUUCUUUUCCGCUUAUAACGAUAGAAGCGUCUCUGAAUGAGAACCAUACGCUGUCGUGCAAGUUGGUCAGUACCGAAUUUGGCGGAAAGUCUAGGUUCAGAGCGCUGUCAUACAUGUGGGGAGACGGUACUGCAAAUGAAACAAUCAUGCUCAAUGGAGCUGAAUUUCAAUCGCAGUUCUGGGUCCAUGCGAUUUGCGUCAAUCAAAACGAUAUUCCUGAACGGAAUAGGCAACUGAUGAUAAUGAAAUGGAUAUAUUUCCAAGCAGAAACCGUUGUUGUGUGGCUGGGAAAGAAGUGCGAGAGAUACAAGCAGGUGGCCAGAGCUCGAAAUGAUCGUGUCGUUUUUGAAAACAUACAAUCAGAAGGUUCGCAGGCAUCAGAUAUCACCUCAGAGACUUCGGUUCGGUCGGAGGAAAUGCUCGAAUCAUUGGUUACAGGGCCAAAAGACAAUGCGGACAAUGAGGAGCGAGAGAUGGAUAAAGAGCUAUGCGCUGAUGGAUACUGGAGCAGGUUAUGA